GGAGUUGGUCAAAGAUCGCAACCAACAAACCGUGUCCCACUACGCUCUUCGCGGAAUUCCGUUCAAACUAUGUACUAAAAGUAACCAUCAGUUCAUCUUUGUGGUGUAAUAUGUAUACAAGACAGUAUUAAAAUUCAGGUGAUGUAAUAUGACAUAAUAGUAAAAUAAUUAUAUUGCAAUUUACGUGAAAUCGUUAAUCCUACGUUACGAUGAGUGCGGAGUCAAAUUCAAAUCGAAGACGGAGUCACUUAGUAUAUACUGUACUGCAAGAUGGAUCUGAAGUUAGAUUUGGAGAACCAAGAGGUGCCAUGGCGGCAAACCUGGACAAGUUUAUUCUCCUUAUGUGGAAGAAUUGGUUGCUUCAGUAUAGAAAACCCAUACAAACCGCAAUAGAAAUAGUGGCUCCCGUUAUAUUUUCCAUCCUGCUUGUAGUAAUACGAAGUCUAUCGGAUCCAGUACGUCACGAAACUGUAGUGUAUCCGCCGUUUUGUACAAUUCCCAUAGCUUUGCGAGAGAAUAGAACUGGGAUCGUAAUUUGCCCUUCAUAUGAUGGAGUACCGUAUAUGGACAGAAAUCAAUCACAAAACGGAAACAGUUCUAACAAUCCAUUUGAUCAACAUCUUCGUAUAAAACGGCAGUUAGACUAUUCUACAAGUGAUAUAAGGUUUAGGAAAUUUGCACUAGUCUACUCACCGUCCAACCCUCAAAUAGACCAGGUGAUGAAUUAUUUUCGGCUCGCUUUCAAAAACGUUGUUGCCUUGGAGAGCUCCCAGGAGCUGGAGAAAUAUUUCAUAACAAAUUCGUCCAACACUACAUUCGCUGGUAUACAGUUUGAUGAUUCUUAUACGACCUUACACAGUUUAGACGAUGUUAAGCACCUACAAGUAUCUAUAAGAUUUCCAGGAGAAACCAGGUUAAGGUUGGAUCCUUUUAAUUAUAACAACUGGAGAACGAAUCUCAUUUUUCCAAUAUAUCAGCAGCCGGGACCUCGACUUUAUCGUUUGAUUACAGGAGCAGCUCCAAGUUAUUACAGAGAAGGUUUUCUGGGACUGCAGUAUUAUCUAACACUCAGUAUUUUAUUGGCGAAGAGUAAUGUAACUUAUGCUACGAACGAUUAUCUGGAUCUUAUAACCUGGCUUAUGAAGAAUAAAUUUCCUUUAGUCAACAUGCGAAGGUUUCCGAAUGCACCAUGGUACGAAGAUAUUCUACUGACAGCUUUGAAAUCACUGAUCGGUAUUAUAAUAAUGUUAAGUUUUGUCUACACGUGUAUUAAUACUGUCAAGUCGAUAACCACAGAAAAGGAAAAGCAACUUAAAGAAUCCAUGAAGAUAAUGGGUCUUCCAAAUUGGUUGCACUGGACAGCGUGGUUUGUGAAAUGCUUUAUGUUUCUAUUAAUAUCAUCCAUAUUGAUGGUAAUAUUUUUAAAAGUAAGAUGGUAUACCAAUACGGAUUUUACUGUAUUUACCAAAGCCAAUCCGUUUGUUCUACUUUUAUUUCUAAUGUUUUAUAACUGCGCCACUAUUACGUUUUGCUUCGCAGUUAGCGUCCUCUUUAACAAAGCUAAUACUGCAGCUACUAUAGCAGGUCUGGUCUGGUUUUUGUCAUACUCACCGUAUUUAUUUAUGGCAAAUGUAUAUGAUACCUUAACGUUAACUUCGAAAUUGGUAGCAAGCAUUGGAUCAAAUACUGCUAUGGCAUUUGGUUUUCAAGUAAUUCUUAUGUAUGAGGGAACUGGCGAAGGCAUUCAGUGGAACAAUAUUUUUACUCCAAACACUCCAGAUGAUUCUUUAACUUUAGGAUUAAUUCUAAUGAUGUUAACAGUUGACGCAAUAAUGUAUUUGCUAAUUGCAUUAUAUAUAGAGGCUCUUUUCCCCGGCGAAUUCGGGGUUCCACAACCUUGGUAUUUUCCAUUCACUGCACAAUAUUGGUGUGGACACCCUAUUUACAGAGGUGUUGAAGAUUUUCAUGAAGGUGGUCCACAAGGAGAAUUUUUCGAAGCAGAACCAGUAAAUCUAAAACCAGGUAUUCAAAUCCGCAAUCUUAAAAAAGUCUUUCAUUCAAAGGUAGCUGUUCGAAAUCUUUCAAUAAACAUGUACGAAAACCAAAUAACAGUACUACUAGGACACAACGGUGCUGGUAAAACUACAACGAUGUCAAUGCUAACAGGAAUGUUGACACCAAACGGAGGUACUGCAAAGAUUAGCGGGUAUGAUAUUAGAACUGAUAUGGAAGGUGUUAGAAAAAGUUUGGGACUUUGUCCGCAGCACAAUAUUAUUUUCGAUGAGCUCACUGUGGCUGAACAUAUUUACUUCUUUAGUAAACUUAAAGGAAUGAGAAAGGGUGAAAUUAAGAGCGAAAUAGACAAAUACGUAGAUCUUCUCGAAUUGCAACCAAAGAGAAACUCAAAAGCAUCGACUCUCUCAGGCGGUAUGAAAAGAAAACUCUGUGUGGGUGUAGCACUUUGUGGUAAUUCUAAAGUCGUUAUGCUUGAUGAACCAACUGCUGGUAUGGAUCCUGCUGCAAGAAGAGCUCUCUGGAAUUUAUUAGAAACACAAAAAGAUGGUCGUACUAUACUUCUUACAACUCAUUUUAUGGACGAAGCCGACAUCCUUGGUGAUCGUAUUGCAAUUAUGGCUGGAGGACAGCUACAAUGCUGUGGAUCAAGUUUUUUCCUCAAGAAAAAAUAUGGUGCUGGUUACAGUCUUAUUAUGGACAAGUCACAGGAAUGUGACCCUAGACGAGUUACGCGGCUAUUGAAGGAGUUUAUAUCCGAUAUUGAGAUAAAUAGUGAUGUAGGUUCGGAAUUGACGUACCUUCUGGUAGAUAAUUAUGUCGACAAAUUUGAACCUAUGCUUAGAAAACUUGAAACUCAAUCUGAGAGAUUAGGAAUUACAAGCUAUGGUAUUUCGCUGACGACACUGGAAGAAGUAUUUAUGAAAGUUGGAGCAGACCAUGGUCAAGAAGAAAUGUACAACCAUGAAAAUGGCAACAUUGUUCAUAACGGGGCUGCACAAAAUGGAUUUACAAAUGGGAUAAAUGGGACACACAAAACUACCAAUGGUAGCUACACCAUGGUUCCGACAUAUUCACAUGGGUUUUCUCUAUUAAUGAACCAGAUUGUGGCUAUGUUAUUAAAAAAGUUCGUUUCAACUGUCCGUUCGUGGAUAUUACUGGGAAUCCAAGUAAUGAUGCCCACUCUGUUUCUUAUAAUUGCCUUUGUCGUAGCCCGCAAAAACAAAAUGACUGGAAAUCUUCCUUCAAUGCCUCUAAGCUUAGAUAAAUUUGAGAGUCCCGUUACUUUAGUGGAAAAUGGUACGUCAGAUUAUUUGCCCUACUAUAUGAAAGUUUUAGAAGAUUAUGGAUAUCCUGCAACGAUAGUAGAUAAUAUUACUUCAACAUUAUUAGAUAUGACAGAGCAUCAUCCAAUUCUCGUUACUAGAAGAUACCAGGCAGCAGCAACAUUUGGCGAAGCUGGAAUACCUGAACUGCAAUUAAACUUACCGAAUUUGACAGCUUGGUUUAAUAACAACCCUUUUCAUUCACCGGGGGUAUCUUUGUCCUUAAUGUUAAAUAGUAUUUACCGAAAGUUAGGUGAUUGUGAAGAUUGUACUAUAGAAUUUACGAAUAAUCCUUUACCUUACAGUCCUGAGACGCAGGCGUCACAGUUGUUAACAGUACAGAAUAUUGGAUUCCAGUUGUCGUUUAAUAUAGCAUUUAGUAUGUCAUUUGUUGCUUCCUUCUAUGUACUAUUCGUUAUCAGAGAAAAUCGUUGUAAAUCUAAGCAUUUACAGUUUGUGUCAGGAGUAAAGGUAUACGUCUUCUGGUUAACUGCAGCUUUCUGUGAUAUGUUGACCUAUCUGUUAACUAUAUUUGUAUUGAUGAUCACUAUGAUUAUGUUUCAAGAAGAUGGAUUUAAGUCACAAACUGAUAUAAGUCGAAUGUUUGUUAUCCUGUUUUAUUUUGGAUGGGCGUUUUUACCGAUGUUUUACUUAAGUUCGUAUUUCUUUAAAGUUCCUUCCACUGGUUACACAAGAAUGACCCUUGUCAGUAUAUUUGGAGGAAACGCUGCAUUUCUCGUGGUACAGGUUCUUCAAAGUCCAGGAUUAGACCUGCAAUACAUUGGAAAUGCUUUGCACUGGCUCUUCCUAAUAUUUCCACAUUACUCAUUGGCAACUGGAAUAAAUGAAAGUUUUAAAGUAUAUGCCUACAAUUAUAUAUGCGAAACCCUUCUUAAAACUUGCGAGGAACGGAAUAUUCCCAAAAAAACUUGUUUAUCACAUAAUGAAAGAAUUCGUGAUAUUUGUGAAGAUGCUGAUUUGAAUUACUUUAAAUGGAAGGCACCUGGAAUUGCGAGGAACCUUGUUUAUUCAUUUCUAACAGGCAUUAUUUUAUUUGCGCUUCUUUUGGCCAUAGAAUAUAAACUUUUCUCUAGAAUAAAGUAUUACUUAACACAAAAGCAUUUUACCAAAAAACCUAUACCUGUUGAAGACGAAGAUGAUGACGUUGCAAGAGAACGAGAAAAAAUACAUGUUGCUACAGAGACUGAUAUUAAACAAAAUUAUACAUUAGUAGUCAAAGAUUUAACCAAAUACUAUAAGAACUUUUUGGCUGUGAACGGACUGUGCGUUGGAAUAAGAAAGUUCGAAUGCUUUGGAUUGCUUGGAAUUAAUGGUGCUGGAAAAACUAGUACAUUCAUGAUGAUGACUGGUGAUACCAGUAUCUCAUAUGGUGACGCCUGGGUGAAUGGCAAGAGUAUCAAACAACAUUUGGAAGAAGUUCAAAAAACAAUCGGAUAUUGUCCACAAUUUGAUGCCUUACUCGACGACAUGACAGCAGAAGAGUCGAUUAUUAUGUUUGCUAUGCUAAGAGGUUUACCAUUCAGAGAUACUUUUAACAUAGCUGAAUAUUUGUCUAGAGAAUUCGAUUUUACCAGACAUUUAAAAAAGAAAGUAAAAGAGCUAAGCGGUGGAAACAAGAGAAAAUUAAGUACAGCGAUUGCGUUAAUUGGGGAUCCUCCUUUACUGUAUCUAGAUGAACCAACUACCGGUAUGGACCCUGCUACGAAACGUCAUCUCUGGAAUGCCCUCUGUAAAAUUCGAGACAAAGGAAAAUGUAUAGUUCUUACAUCGCAUAGCAUGGAAGAGUGUGAAGCCCUCUGUACCAGAAUAGCCAUAAUGGUAAACGGAAAUUUCAAAUGUCUCGGGUCUACGCAGCAUCUCAAACACAAAUUCGCCGAGGGAUAUACUUUGACGAUAAAACUAAAGAAAAUCUCAGAGAGUUCCAGCGAAGGACUCUUAGAAACUGAACCUAUAGAAAAGUUCAUUAGCCAAAAUUUCCCUAGAGCGAAGCUUCGGGAGAGACACCAGGAGUUAUUAAAUUAUUAUAUUACUGAUAAGUCGGUGCCUUGGUCCAAGAUGUUUGGCAUCUUGGAGAAGGGAAAGAAAAGUGAUCUCAAUAUAGAAGAUUAUUCAUUAGGACAAUGUAGUUUAGAACAGGUAUUCCUGGGAUUUACUAAACAUGAAAAUAGUACGUGAUUUAGUUCCCUUAACAGAUGCGCUAGUGCCUUUGCUCUGUGCUAUUUUCUCAUUGUGAUACUAUAUUAUUUUUAGCUAUAUAAAUAAGUUUCUUGAUUGGUGCACUAUCGUUUAAAGAAACCAAUAAAGGAUGAUGUGUC